CACCAGGAGAAAAGCCAUAGAAGCCAGUGGGUCAAUGGGCCGGUGCUGACAGGUCAAGCGAAGCGUCGGCUGCAUUCAUUCCUUGUGUUGAGAAAGAUUAGCAGGCGUGAAGAGACGCUGCUCGUGUGUCUGGACUCUCUCACACGAUGAUUAGGUUUCAGCUGUGGGAACGUGUGACGCAGCCUCGCACCCGUCGGCCCGGUUGGGCCUUCGUCCGCCCGCUGGGUCCAAAGGAACCAAGAAGCUGGACAAAAUAGAUGCAACAUAUUAAUAACUAAAGGUUUCUGAACUUUUCAUUUGUUAAAACCUUUCCAGGAGUGGCGGCACCACCUGGAUCAGUAGAGGUUCUGUAACCAGGACCGGCGAGGACCCGGCAGAACACGUUAUCAGGGUCUAAUCUCCCAUCUAGCAGCGGUGGAGUGGACGGGGGCGGUUCCUUGGAGUGUGUGGCUCCGUGGGAAAACUCCAGCUCCAGCAGCAGGAGGAGGAGGAAGCGAGUCCAGUCUGCAGCCACUCAGGACCUGGGCUCGAACUCACCCGGACCGGACCGGCCCGGCAAAGAGGAGCGCCGCCAUUUGACUCCACUGAGGAUCAAAGGCAUCGUCUGGAUUAGAGUUCUCUCCUUCAGUCAGUUCACUUGGCAGCAGCUCUAGAACAUCUGCGGUACUGUAUUGGUUCCUUCACCUCCAGAACCGGCCGGUCCAUGAAGCGGCCGUGUGAGGACGGCAGCUCGGCUGAGAGCGACCUGGACGUGGGCGGUGAGAGCAUGUUCGCAGGGCACUCGAAGCCUCCUUUCACCAGCUGUGCGUCACCCACGGCGACCACUCGAGUGAUGGCGAGGAAGCGGCGCAGAGGGAUCAUCGAGAAGAGACGCAGAGACAGGAUCAACAACAGCCUGCUGGAGCUGAGGAGGCUGGUCCCCACGGCGCUGGAGAAGCAGGGCUCGGCUAAACUGGAGAAGGCAGAGAUCCUUCAGAUGACCGUGGACCACCUGAAGAUGCUGCAGUCCAACGGAGGCUACGUCAGCGCCCACGCGCUAGCGCUGGACUUCCUGUCUGUGGGCUUCAGGGAGUGCGUGACGGAGGUGUCUCGGUACCUGGACUCAUCGGACCCUCUGGGCUCUCGGCUGCUGUCCCACCUCAGCUCCUGUGCGUGUCAGCGAGCGGCCGCCGCGCUCACGGCCGCCUCCCGCGCCCCCCCCCAGGCUCCGGGCCCCCCCCAGGCUCCCCCCCCGCCCCCCUGCUGGGCUGCCUUCCAGCCGCUGCCUGCGUGCGCCGGCGCCCCCCAGAGGCCGGCCGCGCCGCUGCAGCGCGUCCGCGCCGCCUCCUCACCCCCGUCCCUCCUGCCCCCCUGCGCUCCCACCUCCCUCCUGUCACUGUCGGCCUCACCCCCGUCCCUCCUGCCCCCCUGCGCUCCCGCCUCCCUCCUGUCGCUGUCGGCCUCGUUCCCCGUCGCGCUCCACAGAGGCCUCCCCCUCCUCCCGCGCGCCUCCCCCCCCUCCCGCGCGCCUCCCACUAAGCCCUACAGGCCGUGGGGGUCGGAGGUCGGAGCCUUCUGACACGCAGCAGCUCCAGCUUGUGGUUCUGUCACUAACGCAGCAGCGAGCAGAGGUUCGGUUCAACACUAAAUGUUCUAAGCGCUAGUUUGACCUCUGACCUUUGUGGUUUUAUUUGUCACAUCAGAAAAGAUGCAGAAUGAGCUUAACUGAAAUAAAAUGAAGUGAAAGCAGCCAAACAAACAGACU